AUGUCUACCUCAAACGUACAACGAAAGGGAGGAAGUCUCUCUUGUUUACGUUGUCGCGAAAAUAUUUCUGAAUCUGAUUUUAAGAAAUAUAACACGUUAUAUUGUGUUCAUUGUGAUAAUUCUUCGUUAGUACAAAAUAAUGUUCAACUUAAUUUUUCAUUAUCAAUAAAUGAUAAUGAAACUCAUGUUGCUAAUCAAGAAUCACAAGAAUUUCUAAAAUUAACCCAAAAAAUCAAAGAAUUAACCAACGAACUCAAUGAGCUUAAGAAAUCGAAUGAAAAAUCAGUUCAACCUAAAAAUUACGGAACUUCAAAUGUUAAGAUUGGAAAAGAUUUCGAAAAUGUAAUUAGUAAAGUUUUAAGAGAUAACGGGAUUCCAUGUAAUGUUGUUGGUGGUAGUGGAGAUUAUGGUAUUGAUAUUAUUGUAUUUUAUAAGAAAAAGGUUAUUUUAAUCCAAUGCAAAAGUCAAGAAUCUCCAUUAGGUAUAAAUGUUGUUACCAAAUUGAAUUCUGCUAUUAAUAUGGCUGAUGGUUCUUUUGGUAUUAUUGUUUAUGAUAGUAACAAAAUAGUUCAUCAUGAUAGUUCUUUAACAUCACAAGCAUGGUGUUUAGUAAAAAAUAUUGGUACUGAUAAGAUUAGAAUCGCAACAGAAAAAACUAUUUUUCAAAAAAUUAGAGAUAUGAUCCGUUAA